AACAGGAAGCGACAACCCCCCCAAAAAAGAGUGCAGGCUGGAAGACAAAACACUGGAGGCCGAAAUCGUAUCGGGUGAUUGGACUCUCAGCACCAGGACCCAGUGCCGGGACUGUGAAACCUCAGCCUGGACCCGACCUGCCAACUAAGACCCGGUUCUGUAGGAGUUAUACGUGGCAGAUUAAUGAGCAUGUCCUCCUCAUAAAGCUUAAAGUGAAGCUUUACUUGCUCCCAGAGAAAAAACAGGAGAGACUGUUUGAUCUUGGUCAUGGCCCACGGCACCAGUAUCCAGUAUGAGCCACUGGCAGAGAUCGGAGGAGGCGCUUACGGGACGGUUUAUAAGGCCCGAGAUACAGAGAGCGGACAGUUUGUGGCUCUGAAGAGCGUGCGUGUCCAGACGGACCAAAAUGGCCUCCCAAUCUCCACGGUCAGAGAGGUGGCUCUUUUGAGAAGGCUGGAGCAGUUUGACCACCCCAACGUGGUCAGGCUCAUGGAUGUAUGUGCCACCCAGAGGUCGGACCAGGAGACUAAAGUCACACUGGUGUUUGAACAUGUGGACCAAGACCUCAAGACGUACCUAGAGAGAGCCCCAGCUCCAGGAUUAUCCCCUGCCCACAUUAAAGACCUGAUGAGGCAGUUGGUGUGCGGUCUUGCAUUCCUGCACUCUAACCGCGUGAUGCACCGAGACCUGAAACCAGAGAAUAUUCUGGUAACCAGCCAGGGCCAGGUGAAGCUGGCUGACUUUGGACUGGCCAGGAUCUACAGCUGCCACAUGGCCCUCACUCCUGUG